AUGAAUGUCCACCGUACUAAUUUGUCUAGCAAGCUUGAUGAUGCGAUUUGGGCCUACCGUAUGAUAUUCAAAUCUCCCAUUGGGAUAUCGCCCUCCAAGUUAGUGUUUGGAAAAGCUUGUCAUCUUCCGGUUGAUUUAGAACAGAAGGCUUUAUGGGCAUUGAAGAAUAUAAAUUGGAACUGUGAUGUUGCCUCUAGAGGUCGUAUACACCAACUCCUUGAUUUGGAUGAAUUUCAUUUAAAGGCCUACGAAAGCUCCGCUCUAUACAAGUUGAAGCUAAUCCUAGGUAAGCUCAAGUCAAAGGGGACUGGUCCGCACAAUGUCACCCGCGUGUAUGGCAAUGGAGCGAUCGAAAUUAAAGGUGCAAAGGGAGUAAGGUUUAAGGUUAAUAGGCAACGGUUGAAGGCUUACUUUGGAGAGAGCCAGGAUAUACGGGUUGUUAAAGUGGUGUAUUUGGAUGAUGUUUGA